AAAAAAACAUGAAGAUGGCUGAUGGUGCGACAAUUGUGCGUAGAAAUAGACCUGGAACAAAGGCGAAGGAUUUCUGUCGGUGGCCAGAUGAACCAUUGGAGGAGAUGGAUAGCACUUUGGCUGUCCAACAGUAUAUACAACAGCUGAUAAAACGUGAUCCAUCAAAUGUAGAACUUAUAUUGACAAUGCCCGAGGCCCAGGAUGAGGGCGUUUGGAAAUAUGAACAUUUAAGGCAAUUUUGCAUGGAGCUGAAUGGGCUGGCGGUACGUUUGCAAAAACAAUGCUCACCAUCGACGUGCACACAGAUGACAGCCACCGAUCAAUGGAUAUUUUUAUGUGCUGCCCAUAAAACACCAAAAGAAUGUCCUGCCAUUGAUUACACACGUCAUACGUUAGAUGGCGCUGCAUGUUUACUCAAUAGUAAUAAAUAUUUUCCAAGUCGAGUCUCAAUCAAAGAGUCAUCCGUUACUAAAUUGGGUUCGGUUUGUCGUCGUGUUUAUCGAAUUUUUUCACAUGCAUAUUUUCAUCAUCGUCGUAUCUUCGAUGAAUUUGAGGCUGAGACAUAUCUCUGUCAUCGGUUUACACAUUUUGUAACAAAAUACAAUCUGAUGUCGAAGGAGAAUUUGAUUGUACCCAUCAAUGAAGAAGAGAAUGCUGCGCCAGGUGAAAGUGAAGCCUAA